AUGGCGCCCGCAAAGACGUCGUCCAACAAGUACUCGGUGAUUCUGCCAACAUACAAUGAGCGACGAAACCUGCCCAUCAUUACGUGGUUGCUGAACCGCACCUUUACCGAGAGCAACCUCGACUGGGAGCUCAUCAUCGUCGACGACGGCUCCCCCGACGGCACGCAGCGCGUGGCCAGCCAGCUCGUCGAGGCCUACUCGCCGCACGUCGUCCUCAAGCCCCGCGCGGGCAAGCUCGGCCUCGGCACCGCCUACGUGCACGGCCUCCAGUUCACCACGGGCAACUUCGUCAUCAUCAUGGACGCCGACUUCUCCCACCACCCCAAGUUCAUCCCGCAGAUGGUGGCGGUGCAGCAGGCCGGCGGCUUCGACAUCGUCACGGGCACGCGGUACGCCGGCGACGGCGGCGUCUUCGGCUGGGACCUCAGGCGCAAGCUGGUCAGCCGCGGCGCCAACCUGUUUGCCGACACGGUGCUGCGCCCCGGCGUGAGCGACCUGACGGGCAGCUUCCGCCUCUACAGGAAGAGCGUGCUGGAAAAGGUGAUUACCAGCACCGAGAGCAAGGGGUACACGUUCCAGAUGGAGAUGAUGGUUCGCGCCAAGGCCAUGGGGUGCUCCGUCGCCGAGGUGCCCAUCUCCUUUGUCGACCGGCUGUACGGCGAGAGCAAGCUGGGGGGUGACGAGAUUGUCGAGUAUGCCAAGGGCGUGUUUUCGCUGUGGAUGAAGGUGUGA